GUGAAAAGAAAAAUAGUCGAAAGCAAAAAUUUGGAGAAGCCAGUUUGCUGGUUGUAUUUUGUCGUCUGUAUUUGAGUUUUAAACAUAAGAAAUUCUGCAUUUUAACCAUUUAAUUGUUAAUAAAAAUCCGCUUUUGCGGCCCACUAGCAAGUGGAAUUUAGUGCGAUUGUCUAGUGCAUGAUAUCGUUGAGUGCACUGCUGACCAAAUACACGCUGGGCAUCAUGAGCAACUUGGGACACAAUCAGCCAACGGGUGGAGCAGGUUCAGGUGCUGGUGCUGGUGGGCAAGGAGUGGGCGGCGGUGUUGGCAGCAACAAUGGCAAUGGUAUACAAAAUCCCGCAGCCGAAGGGAGCAUGGAGCGCGGCAGCUGCCUGCUACGCUAUGCAAGUCAAAAUUCUUUGGAUGAGAGCUCCCAGAAGCAUAUUCAGCGCCCAAAUGGCAAAGAUCGGACCGUUGGCCAAUAUCAUAAUGAACAACAUACCACACGCUCAUUCGAGGCCAUGAACGAAAUGCGCAAGCAAAACUUACUCUGCGAUGUAACUUUGGUUGCCGAUGAUAUUGAAAUUCCUGCACACAAAAUGGUACUUGCCUCCUGUAGUCCCUACUUUUAUGCCAUGUUCACUGGCUUUGAGGAGUCACGGCAGGGCCGCAUAACACUGCAAGGCGUUGAUCAUCGUGCUCUUGCAUUGCUCAUUGAAUACGUUUAUACAUCUACAGUGGAAGUUAAUGAGGAUAAUGUGCAGGUCUUAUUACCCGCUGCAAAUUUACUGCAGCUAACCGAUGUACGUGAAGCAUGUUGCGAUUACUUACAAACACAAUUGGAUGCCAGCAAUUGUUUGGGUAUACGGGAAUUCGCAGAUAUUCACGGCUGUGUCGACUUACUGAACUAUGCAGACACUUAUAUAGAACAACACUUCAAUGAAGUAAUUCAAUUCGAUGAAUUUCUCAAUUUGAAUCACGAACAAGUGACUAGUUUAAUAUGCAACGAUCGCAUUUGUGUUCCAAGUGAAGAAAAAGUAUACGAAUGUGUCAUAUCAUGGAUACGUUAUGAUCCGACUAUGCGAGAGCAAUAUACCGCAUUGUUAAUGGAACAUGUACGGUUGCCAUUUCUCUCCAAAGAAUAUAUAACUCAACGCGUGGAUAAGGAGCCAUUGUUAGAUGGGAAUAUUGUAUGCAAAAAUUUGAUAAUUGAAGCUUUGACUUAUCAUCUACUACCGAAUGACACGAAAUCUGCACGUACCAUUCCACGAAAGCCAGUUGGUUUGCCGAAAAUACUCUUAGUAAUAGGUGGACAAGCACCCAAAGCAAUACGUUCGGUAGAAUGUUACGAUUUACGCGAAGAGAAGUGGUAUCAGGCAGCCGAAAUGCCGAAUAGGCGCUGUCGUGCCGGUUUAGCUGUACUAGGCGAUAAAGUUUACGCUGUUGGCGGCUUUAAUGGUUCAUUGCGUGUGCGCACAGUCGAUGUUUAUGAUCCCGCUACCGAUCAAUGGGUCACUUGCAACAGCAUGGAGGCACGACGCUCAACACUUGGUGUCGCCGUGUUGCACGGUUGUAUUUAUGCUGUCGGUGGUUUUGAUGGCACCACAGGUCUCAGCAGUGCGGAAGUAUUUGAUCCCAAGGCUGAACUCUGGCGUCUUAUCGCAUCUAUGUCUACUCGACGUAGCUCUGUGGGUGUUGGUGUUGUCAAUGGCUUACUUUACGCUGUUGGCGGCUAUGACGGUUUUUCACGCCAAUGCUUAUCAUCCGUGGAACGUUAUAAUCCUGACACAGAUAUUUGGUGCCCAGUAGCCGAUAUGUCUGCACGUCGUUCUGGUGCAGGUGUUGGUGUGCUUAAUAAUAUACUCUAUGCUGUAGGCGGUCAUGAUGGGCCCAUGGUGCGCAAAUCGGUAGAAGCUUAUGAUCCUGAGACAAAUCAAUGGCAUGCUGUGGCUGAUAUGGCAUUCUGCCGUCGCAAUGCUGGCGUUGUGGCACAUGAUGGUGUAUUGUUUGUGGUUGGCGGUGAUGAUGGUACUUCCAAUUUAGGUUCUGUCGAGGUAUACUGCCCCGAGACUGACACCUGGCGCAUAUUGCCUGCUUCGAUGACUAUCGGUCGCAGCUAUGCGGGUGUAUGUAUGAUAGAUAAGCCCAUGUGAAUGGAAGAGCAGGGUGCAAUGGCACGCCAUGCAAAUUCAGCAGCCGGUGGAAACAUAGAUGAUGAAAACAGUCAAGCUGAGGGCAGCAAUGUCGAAGGUGCUGUUGGUUACUCACGUAACGAUGCACAUAUCAAUCUAAACAACAAUGUUAAUAACAAUGCUUCUCAACAACAACUACAACAAAAUCAUCCACACUAUGAAAACAUCUAUGAAUCCCUUGAGCAAUAUAAUGCUGCGGCUGCCGCUGCCGCUGCUCCUGCUGCUGGUGCUGGCGCUGGUGUCAAUGCUGUUGCCCCUGCUGAUGAAUUGCCUCAAGCAGAUGUAAAUGCCAUACAACCUAACAUUAAUAAUCUUAACAAUGUCAACAAUAAUCAGCCACGGAUUUUACCAAAUAUAAGUUAUAGAAAUGAUCUUUAUGAUCGCACAAACACGACAUCACCAGCUUAUGAUGUGCCGCGUGCUGUGCGCUCCGGUUUGGGUUUUCGUCGCAAUUUUCAUAUUGACUUGCAAGGAGCCAAUCGUUUCAACCCAUCACGCGCCACUGCAGCCAACGCUGCUCCUCUAUAUGGCAGCAACAACAACUGUCAACGACAACGUAGUUUCGAUGACACCGAAUCGCACAAUUACUACAAUUUCAAUUACCAACCCAGCAUGCGUUAUGAAAAUAUUUAUGAACAGAUUCGCGAUGAGCCAAUCUAUCGAAAUACGGGUAGUGGAGCACGUGUCUAUGGUCGUUUGGAUGUCAUCGGCCAUGGCAUUGGACGAAUCGAGCGCCAUUUGAGCUCUUCUUGUGGCAAUAUCGAUCACUACAAUCUUGGUGGACAUUAUGCCGUACUUGGGCACUCGCAAUUCGGCACUGUUGGUCACAUACGCUUAAAUACCAGCGCAUCUGUUGCUAAUGCGCCUGUAAUAAAUGGUGCUUGCACCGCUAUGCCCCCAGUUGCAAAUAGCCCUGCGGCAACAGCGAAUAUUAUAACAACCGGCAAUCAAAAGGAUGCGAGUAAUGUUAAGAAUAGCGCCUCAUCAUUCUUUAGCUGCCUGCAAGGAGAAAAUGCACAAAGUAUGAGCAAUAUAUAUCGCGCUUCUGUAGGUAUUGGAAGUGGCAUCUCAACAACAUCUGCAGCCGCCGCCGGACAACAAAUACCCAUGCAAUUCACUGGUGUUCUUCCAAACAACGCCAGAGAACGGGAGCCGCGCUCUGCUUCGGCUGGGCCAUUAACCAUGAGCUGCAGUAGUAAUAAUAAUAGCGGUAAUGGCAGUGGCAGUAUUGACUUGGCCGCCAGCUCAUCAAGUAAUCGUCAAACAGGGGCAAUACCAAAAAUAAAAGGUUUGAAUUCCAAUAAAACUGGCGCCUCGAACAGUGCCACUAAUGCUGCAGCGGAGAAGGCGCUAUCCAUCAAGAAUGCUAUUACUAAAAAAGCGACAGCUAACUCAAGCACUUCGCAACAAGCGGCCACUACAAAGGUGAUCGAUUUCAAUUUUAUGUUUUCUCGUGAUUGUGGCGGUUGUGAUGCCGCCUCUGCUGCCAGGCAUAUGUCGAAUCCUUACUACACUCCACGUCUCGGCAAUAUGAUGCCACAUGACCUGGUGCGUUUCAGUGCUGCCAAUGCCGAGAUGCAUGCGCCCUGCGCUGCUGCAGCAGCGGCGCUGAGACGCGACCUCAACAUGCGACCGCGGGCUUUGAAUCGUCUGCGUGAGUCUGAGCAAGCCAGUCGGUGUGAUGUAACUACUACACAUCGCUAUGAAGAUCCCUCGUACGAAAAUGUACAUGUACAUUGGCAAAAUGGUUUUGAAUUUGGGCGUUCGCGUGAUUAUGAACAUAGCCAUCAAUCAGCGAAUGGUACAACGCGGCCACAAUUGCAGCGCGCACGCUCCGAAAGUCCGAGCUUUAGCACACAGCAAAGACGCAUGCGUCAAAACGUUAGCGGAGCUUCCAGUAAUAGCAAUAAUGCAGCAACAGCAGCCGUUAAUAAUAUCCCUAAAUAUGGCGAUCCAUUUAAAAACUAUGUGCUCAAUGCCGAGAACAAUACAUUCAAACCGAAACUUGCUAAAGCGGAAAAUGGCGAAGGUGCCAAUGGUGGCGUGCAGAGCGGAAAUGGAAAUGGAAAGGGUGCAGCCGAAGUAGUAAUAAAUGCUUUAUCGGACAAUGUUAAGGGUAACGAAACACCACCAACUAUUGGCGAACAAUUAACUGGUACAAAUCAAGUUAGUGAACUUGAAUUGGAAAUGGAAGGCGCUAUGGGCGGCGCCAGCGCUGAAAUUUUGUCAUGCUCAGUCGCAGCGAAUGCAACAGAUGAUGUGGGCGAAAUUCCGACGAAUUUGGGUAAACCACUGAAUUUCAAUAUUAAUGAAAAUCAGAAUGAGAAUGUGAAUAUGAACAUGAAUGACAACGAGACUGAUGCAACAAAGACAAAUGCCACUAACAACAGUAACAAUAAUCAAAUGAAUUCAACUAACAAUGAACAAAACGAUGAUUGAAAACAAAAACGAAGACAUUGCUAAGCAAAACGAGCAAAUUAUGUAGAUGUUAAAAGAUAAUUUUAAAUACAGAAGUUUUGGCAUAGUAAAACAUAAGAAAUGUAGCACAUUCAAGCACUAAAUGUUGAAUUCCAUGCAGAAACAUAGCCUCAUGCGUAGAGUGUGCACAUUAUGCAGGAUGUGUCGAAGAUUUAUGCGGUGAAAAUACAGAAACAAGCAGGCGAUUCAGGACAAUGCUAGUUGCUUGCAGUCAAUGCUAGUUGCUUGAUAAUUUUUUGUUUUUUGUUUGUUAAAUACAUAUCAGGGUGUGCGAUAAGAAGAGGCACAACUCAUACAAAAUUUUGGUGGAUUUUUUUUUUUGCAGAAAUCUGUAGGAUUUAUCUCCAAUUAAUUCCAAUUAUUAUUUUUUCUUCGUCAUUAUAUUCUGAUGUUAUAUUAAUUGCACUUAAUCUGUACGUUCCACAAGCGGUUAUAUUUGACUUUUGAGUUAUGCAUCUUUUGAAGAGGGUGUGCGAUAUGUAAAUUAAAAAAAAAAAAAAUGAAUUUAAGUAUUUUAAAAUUUUGAUGCUGGGUCAGUUAAAUUCUACACAACCUGCAAAAUGUUGUCAUUCGAGCAAUAAACGCACAUACAUGCAUAACCCCCCUUUAAAUAUUCAAUUAUCGUAGGCAUAAUAAAUAAUUAUUUUGAAGCAUAGUAUUUUGAUUAACAUAUUCAGGAUAUAUUUUUUGUAUAAUCCCCAUUUUUCCAGAAUUACAUGUUUACACAUGUUAACUUUUAAUUACACAUAAGUAAAAGAAAUUGUAUUUUUUCUACUUUCGCUUCUUUUGCGUUAUUCAACGCAUAAGUUUUACAAUAUUAGCAUUGAUUUGUUGUUUAUUAUAUACUUAUGUAUACUUAAUACUAAUUUAUUUGAUAAAGACAAUAUAUCAAAAUAAAAGAACCUAAGUACAUUAA